AUGGCUUCUUCUUCUAAUAAUCCUCAUUAUAAUCCUUAUGAUGGUGGCAAUGAUGGUCUAUAUAAUCCUUAUGAUGGUGUCAAUGAUGGUCUUGAUGAGAGUUUUGAUGAAAUGUUUGAUGACAUGUUUGAUCAAAAAUUUGACAGCGCCUUCAACGCUUUACUUGAGCGACAAGCCGGGUCUAAACCAAAGAAGAAGAAGAGGCAAAGGAGAGAAGCUGUUGGAAGGCUUAGCCUAUCUGGAUUACAAAAAUGUACGGCAGCAAUCCGUAUUUUGGCGUAUGGAAGUGUGGCUGACGCAGUUGAUGAAUACCUUCGUCUUCGUGAAAGUACGGCAAUCAAAUGCUUGGAAAAAUUCACCGAAGGAAUAAUAUCUCUGUUCGGGGAUGAAUACCUUAGAAGACCCACACCAGAAGAUCUGAAGAAGCUGCUAGAUGUUGGGGAGGACCGGGGGUUUCCCGGUAUCGUAGGAAGUAUUGAUUGCAUGCACUAG